AUGAAGUACAUUUCAAAUCAUUGUAAUUUUCCCGUUGAAUAUCAGAAGAAGAAGAACAAUUUCUUGGUCGAGAGAUACAAGAAAAAUUGUGUAUCUUCAGAGAACAUGUACAUGGAAAUUGAUGAGGGCCUGGUCAAUUCAAAAGGUGAAGCAAAUCUUGAUGAAUUCUGUGAUCUUGAGCCUAUUCUUGAUGAGAUAUUGUCUUAUGAUCAGCAAUUAUUCACCCCGAUUGAUGCUUUAAAUUCCCCGGCCAAACAACCGAGUAAUUAUACCAGUUGGAGUUCUUAUAUUAAUGGCCCUCAAGAAAUAAUAAGCAAGGCUUCUUCUUCCUCCUCCUCCUCUCAAUUAAUUUCUUUCGGAAUUCCAAAGCAAACUGAUGAGAAAUUGCUUAGGAUAUUGCCAAGGGAUUCUUCUAUAUCCUCAAAAGUCAUAAAAUUUUCAUCUUUACCAACAGAAGAUACUUCUGGUAAAAACAAAUUAUAUGAUGCAGCACAUGAGAUGGGGGACAAGAGAGUUUGGACCAUGAUCAGGAGUCCUUUGCAGGCUCAAGAUCACCUUAUGGCCGAGAGGAAACGCCGAGAGAAGCUAAGCCAACUUUUUAUUGAUCUUUCUAAAGUUGUCCCAGGUCUGAAAAAGUUGGACAAAGCUUCUCUACUGCAAGAUGCUACCAAGUACGUGCAAGAGCUUCGAGAACGUGUAAGAAUCCUCGAAGAAGAAGCUGAAGAGGCCAACAAAAACUCAAUCAGUAACUCUAAUUAUGCAAAUUAUCCUACAAUAAUUAAUGAUGAUACUUCUUCGUCAUCAAGAGAGAGCUCCAAUUAUUGCAGCACAAGAGAAUCAGCCCCAGCUGAAAUAAGUGCUAGAAUUUCAAACAAGAAUGUACUGAUCAAAAUUUGCACCAAGAAACAGAAGGGAUUAAUAUCAAGAAUUCAGUACGAAAUGGAAAAACUGUACCUCAACGUCUUAGACAUUAGAGCCCUGCCAUUUGGAAGUUCUACCGUUGAGAUAACCAUCCUUGCUGAGAUGGAGAGUGAAUUCUGCGGGAUCGUAAUGGACAUGAUUGAACACCUUCAGAUCGCUUUUAUCAAUCCAGGAACCUGACACCAAAACCAACUCAAAUUGGAUAUUCCCUCUUAAUUACUUUUUUUAUUAGUUAUUAACCCCACGUUUACAUCUGAAAACCUUUGAAUAAUCCUUCAUUAAAGUUUCUUUUCUUUUUUACCUACUUGAGGAAAUAAUUAAUCUCCGUUUUGCUUUAGGACCUAACAAUGAGUUGCGUGGCUUUU